GCACUUAGCUGGGGCGCCGCGGGUUGGAACCCGCAGGAUCACUCGGGGUGGUAAUGGACACCCUGUCUCUGCUGCCUUGAGUGCCUGCCCUGAGCUGUACAUCUAAAGGAAUCGGCCAUCCUCCUUAGAGGACCUCCAACAAACAUGCUCCCCGAAGCUAGUUCCUUGUGGCUACUUCGACUACUCCGGGACAUUCAGCUGGCCCAGUUUUACCAGCCCAUCCUUGAAGAACUAAAUGUCACUCGGCCAGAACAUUUUGACUUUGUAAGGCCUGAGGACCUGGACAACAUUGGCAUGGGCCGGCCUGCCCAGAGAAGACUUGCUGAAGCUCUGAAGAGGCACCGUUCAGGGGUCAAGUAUAAGAACUGGGUCUACAAGAUCCUUGGUGGUUUUGUCCCUGAGCAAAAGGAAACCACCUCACCCUCAGACUGUCUUCCAUGCCUCUCUGAGCCAGAGGGGGGACUCAAAUGUCUGAUCCCAGAAGGUGCCGUGUGCAGAGGGGAACUGCUGGGCUCAGGCUGCUUUGGUGUGGUACAUCAAGGGCUGUGGACACUGCCCAGUGGCCAGAGUAUCCCAGUGGCUGUCAAGUCCCUCCGUGUGGGUCCCGAAGGUCCAGGGGGCACAGAGCUAGGAGACUUCCUGCGGGAGGUGUCAAUCAUGAUGAAGUUGGAGCACCCACAUGUGCUGCGUUUGCAUGGCCUUGUAUUGGGCCAGCCUCUACAGAUGGUGAUGGAGCUGGCACCAUUGGGCUCCCUGCAUUCACGCCUGACCGCCCCAGCCCCGACGCCCCCGCUGCCUGUAGCCCUGCUCUGCCUCUUCCUGCGGCAGCUGGCGGGAGCCAUGGCGUACUUGGGGUCCCGUGGGCUAGUGCACCGGGACCUCGCCACCCGAAACCUGCUGCUGGCCUCUCAGCGCACCAUCAAGGUGGCAGAUUUUGGAUUGGUGCGGCCACUGGGUGGUACCCGGGGUCGCUACGUCAUGGGCGGACCCCGCCCCAUCCCCUAUGCUUGGUGUGCUCCGGAGAGCCUACGCCAGGGAGCCUUCUCAUCUGCCUCUGAUGUGUGGAUGUUUGGAGUGACACUGUGGGAAAUGUUCUCUGGAGGAGAGGAACCUUGGGCAGGGGUCCCACCAUAUCUCAUCCUGCAGCGACUGGAGAAGGACAGAGCCCGGCUACCAAAGCCCCCUCUCUGUUCCAGGGCCCUAUACUCCCUCGCCUUGCAUUGCUGGGCACCUCACCCUGCAGACAGGCCUAGCUUCUCCUAUCUGGAAGGGCUACUUCAAGAGGCCUGGCCUUCUGAGGGACGUUGUGUAAGGGAAGUCACAGAACCAGGUGCUUUGCGGAUGGAGCCUGGUGACCCUGUCACUGUCAUCGAGGGCAGCCCAGACACCACAAUCUGGAAGGGCCAGAAUGGCCGCACCUUCAAAGUGGGUAACUUUCCAGCUUCAGCAGUGAUACUGACAGACCUGGGGGGCUCAUCAGUCACCUAUCCAGUCCAUAAAGGCUCCCCUGCCCGGGGAGAGAGGUGCCGAGGAAACACAGAUGGGGACAGAGAGAAGGUAAAGCUUCAAGAUCUACCUCUAGCACGAGGCCAGAGAAGGAAGGAGCCCCUGCAGAGGAUGAAAGGCAUGUCCAAGAGUCUGGAGUCAGUUCUUUCCCUGGGUCCUCGACCCACGGGAGGUGGUUCAAGUCCCCCUGAACUUCGACAUUCAAGAGCUGUGCCCCAGGGGCUCCCAGACUUGCCUCCACACCCACCUUUUAUCUCCAGUUCUCAGCCCACCCAACCCCACAGAGCACGGCCUCCCUUGCUCAAAAGAGAAUCCCCCCACAAUCACCGCCCUGGAGAACCUGGAGCCAGUAAAGCCACUACCCCCUUUGGAGGCCCCUUGUCUGACCCUGAGUGGCAGAGGAAGAUUAUAGAGGUGGAGCUGAGUGUGCAUGGAGUCACCCACCAGGAGUGUCAGGUGGCACUUAGAACCACUGGGGGAGAUGUGGCUUCUGCCAUCCGGAACCUCAAGGUAGACCAGCUCUUCCACCUCAGUAGCCGGUCAAGAGCUGACUGUAGGCGCAUUCUGGAGCAUCACCACUGGGACCUGUCAGCAGCCAGUCGUUAUGUCCUGGCCCGGCCCUGAGCUCUGCUUCAGGGGAUAGACACCAGCAUGGAGCACCCUUAGAGCCUGACCUCAUGGGACAAAGCAGAAGAAUAAUGUGUUGACAGGGGCACCUAGGAAGAGCUCACCUGCUUUAAGGAGGUGUGAGAAGUAUUCGGGGUACCCAAGGUCAGACACUGAUGAUUGUCUCUUUCCCUGCCCUGCUCCUUGGCCUCUGAGAGCUUAAGAACUUUUGGUGGGACUAAGAAGAAUCUAAUCCACUCUGCAUACUGCAUUCCCAAACAAGGAAGACUGGAAAGAGCUGCAAAAUGCAUUCAGAGGAAGAUUCUACCCACUACAGACAUUGAUCAAGUAGCCAUACUGGACCAUGGGAACUACCAUCCUGAACUGCCAUUAGCUACCUCACUAGACUUUAAGAGGCACCCAUCUUGGAUGGUGGAAGUAGCCAUAUUGACUUGGGGUCAAUGACCCAAACUGCUUUGGUUUGGUCCAGAGCCACCACGGGUGAUGAAAAUUGACUUUUUGGACCCAAGG